CAUUUUCUAUCCUGUUUCUGUUUCCACGAGGCCUUCUAAUCUUCGCCACCCAAACAUCCCAACAUCGGCACACCGGCGGGCAGACUGUUAUGAUUUCGCUAUCGUCUGUUCCUAGUCUUCCGAUUAAUGGAUGAUUGCGCAAUGGAAUGCACCAGUCGUCCACUAACCAAGCGGGAUAGAGCCGCUGUAGCCUGCAACACUUGCCGCCAGACGAAGUCGAAAUGCGAUAGCAACAGGCCUGCCUGUGGCCGCUGCGCAAGGCAGAAUAUCGAAUGCAUUUACUCACAAAACGUUCGGGAUAAGAGAAUGGAGCGCCAGGAAGAACGAAAGGCUCGCUGGGCACUGAAGAACAGGGUCAAUGAGCUCGAGGCGCAGCUGGCUGCUGUCUCCACGACCACUGGGCAGACGAUGGAUUCAAACGUCACCUUCGGCGGUCACGGGCCAAAGGAGAAAACAUCACCUGCUCAGAUGAGCAAUGGUGGCGUUUCGGACGCUGGAAGCCACAGCACGAAUACCGAAUCGGCCAUAGACAUCAUAGCCACUGGUGCCUUUGAUCAGAGGCCGGCAGCUGAUAUCGGCUACUUUGGCCCGAGUUCCAACCAUGCAUUGUUUCGGUCAUUGACACAUGCCAUUGCAAACUCCGGGCAUCGUGGCGCGCUUCUCUCUCAUGAGAGUGAAAGACAAACCCCGAUCAACGAAGGUCCCGGUCGGACGCCCGUGCCACAGACGUCCUCGGACCUGGACCACCAUCCAACUACGCAAGAAAACCAGGAUAUGUUACCCGGGCCCCUAGCUUCUAUCCAGUGGAUAACGAGAUUCUCGGACACGGUUGGUGCUGUGUUACCAUACGUCAAUGAAUCCGCUCUGUUGAGGGAGGUGGAUACGACGGGGGCGCGGGCGCGGCCCGACAACGGCAGGCUACGUUCGCGAUCUGUUCAGGCGUUGCUUAAUAUUGUCUUCGCUCACGCAUUAUCUACAACCGAUGCUGGCCCGGCAGAGCCUUUCUACCACCGGGCCCUGGCAUUGCUUUUAGCAGACGAGCAAACAGUGUGCAAUUCGAAUCUAGAGACGGUCCAAGCAUUGCUUCUCUUAGGAAGCUUCCAGCAAAAUAGCCAACGGGCGAUGGCUAGCUUCACGUCACAUUCCCUCGCAGUCAAGACUUCAUACCAGCUUGGACUUCAUUCCCCGUCUUCUUAUGAGGGUCUUGGCACGCUGGAAAAGGAGCUCCGUGCAAAAGUCUGGUUGGCUGUAGUGAACCAAGACAGGAUUCUGAGUGCUGCCUUGGGUCGACCAUGUCUGAUUCCACUACAACACGUUCGAACCGAGAUUGCAGACAGUCUGGUCCUGAUGCAUCAUACGAGGACUGUCACAAUGCCGUCCUCUAUGGAGAACUUGGUUUGCUUCCGCCACCUCAUAUCGUUACACGAGAUCAUGGGAAUUUCUAUAGAUUCCAUCUACGGCUGUAACAUUGGCUCGCCAUCCGACUUGGCACCGGGAGAUCUGAUUGCAAAAACCAUAGAGCUCCUAUCACGACUGGGGCAAUGGCGCGACGGCAUCAGUCCUUUCGGCAUUCUGAGUCAGAAAUCCGACCUGAAUACAUGGUGUGCCUCGAAAUUCCACACCGAGCGAUAUAUGUUACUUCUGUCUAUUUACUACUACAAGACUGUCAUGCUAGCGAGUGGCCCUGUGCUGAUAGCCGUCUUGGAACGAGCCGUAGACCCUGCGGCCGACGGUGCCGCGGUUGGGAUAUUACAAGACGCCUCUGCGUCUGUCCUAAAGAGCGAUCUGCAGGCACUUAAAGAGUUCCAGCGAAUCAUCCGCGGCAUCUUACAACACGACAGACCUUUCUUCAAACGCAACGCGGUAUGGUGGGUGUGCAAUUUUACAGCUUUCACGAUGUGCUUGCACCUAUUUGCCUUAUGGAUGACCUCUAUACUCUCGGCAACGAUGCCAUCGGCUCUUGGCCUCACAAGCUCCGAGGCAGAAUCCUUGCUGCUCGAAGGCCUCGAGACUCUGAAAUCUAUUGGAGGUUCCAGCAUAAUGAGUUUCAAAGCCCACCGUUGCCUGACUCGGUAUAUUCAGCUUUCGAGAGUAAUUGCGUCCAACACAAGGAGGCAGAACAGCAUAGCUGGGUCUGUUGGAUCAGAAAUCUUUCACGAUCUACAACAAAGUCUCUUGCCGAAUGAGUCAUUCCUCCGGGAUAGCUUCCCAGACUUCACUAUGACCUCCGUCGAUGAUCUCUUUUGCCAGCUCGGCGACAAUGAUUUCUUGAGUGCUGGUGGGUUCGGUGUGGAACACCAGAUCAACAAUCUCGAUGUAGGGGGUUUUAUGUACCAAUAGUGCUAUCUAAGGGCGUUAAGAUGAGAAGAUGCUGAAUUUAUAGGCAGGAAGCGUUUGGGAAAUAAUUACAGGAUGAUUGAGAUAUUGUGGACGACACGAGGGUCAUAGACAUAUCUGCUCAUUUAAGAUCUAAGCCAGACUUCUAUACAGCU